CAGCAGAUUCUCUGAUGAAUGCAGAAAUACAGAAAUAGCUUUCAAAUUUUAAAGAUCGUAUAAAAGUAACCGGAAAUACCUUUACAACAUCUAAUAACGUAACAUGUUUAUCAGGAUGUCUAAUUUUAUCCUUAAAUAAUAAUAAUAAAGAGUGAGAGGAAAAAAAGGGGUGUUAUAUUAUUUUAUAUACCGAGCGAAGAGCCAAGAAGCAUCGGAGAGAGUGGAAUACAGAAAACCCGCCAACGAAGAAAGGAGUGUGCGAAGCCGAAACCAAGUGUCCAUCCCAUCUUCCUCUUCGCUGCAAUUUUCUCGGCAUCGUCAAAAUGAGUACUAUGAAGUUUUGCCGAGAAUGCAACAACAUUCUCUACCCAAAGGAAGAUCGGGAGCAGAAGAUCCUUCUCUAUGCCUGCCGAAACUGCGAUCACCAGGAGGUUGCUGAGAACAACUGUGUCUAUAGAAAUGAGAUACAUCACUCUGUUGGGGAGCGCACUCAGGUCUUGCAGGAUGUUGCUGCCGAUCCAACACUUCCUCGUACUAAAUCCGUUCGUUGCGCACAAUGCAAUCAUGGAGAAGCUGUCUUCUUCCAGGCAACUGCUAGAGGGGAGGAAGGUAUGACACUGUUUUUUGUUUGCUGCAAUCCAAACUGUGGCUAUCGCUGGAGAGAUUGAGAUCAGUCUACACAUGAUUAGUGCUAAACUGGGGCUGACAGUGCUAAAUGUAUUCAGACGUUUGUCCUUGUUCUCCUUAAGAACUGAAUGCAUUUAAAGAAACUUUUAUGAUUUUGCAGCGCAAUGGGGAUUUCAAAAUUUGGUGGCA